AUGGAUCAAGGAAUAAAUCCUACUGCCAUUAAUAGUUACUUGUCUGGUAUUGAAGCUUUGAGUGGAACUAAUUUUAAGAAAUGGAAGGAACAAAUGGGAAUUGUUUUGGGAAUUAUGGAUUUAGACUAUGCAUUAAGAGAGCCAGCUCCUACAAAGCCUAAUGAUACAAGUUCUAAGGAACACAUGGCUUUAUAUGAAAAAUGGGAACGCUUUAAUCGCUUAAGCCUAAUGAUUAUGAAAGGCUCAAUUACGCCAGCAAUUCAAGGAGCAAUCACUAUUUCUGAAAGUGCAGUGAGUUAUAUGAAAUCUAUUGAAGAACAAUUCAUUGGAACUUCCAAAUCCCUUGCUAGUACUCUCAUGAUUAAAAUGAUGUCAAUGAAAUAUGAUGGUAUAAGUGGUGUUCGUGAACAUAGACAUGGCCUUAAUUAA